GGCAAAAUUUUCCUGCUGAUCAAGAGAAAAAUCAAAAUGGAGCCGAUGAUUGUGCUGUGAAUGUCAUGUGGGGUUCGGAGAAAGUGGGAUGUUAGAGAAGGGGUUAUUAAUACAUAAAGUAGCAGCUUUUUCUUGUUUAGGAUAAAUUUGGUCAGUAUUCUAACUGGUUGAAUCCCACUUAGCGUCAGUUAUUGGUGAAAUAUGGUAAAAAGGUUGCUUGUUUAAAGGAAAUUGCAGAGGUUUUUCAUUGUUUAAUGCCAAGUGACUAAUAAAGCUUGAAAUUUUCUUUUUUUUUUUAAUGAGUAUAAUCUCAGCUGCAUUACUUGUUCAUUUUGGAUGGCCGAUGUGGGCAUUGUUUUAGUUGCAUUACUGUGGGAAGUUGAAUUUGAGGUAAGAAAAAGGCAGAAUUUUGGGAAGGUGAUGGUUUAACUGAAAAGAUUUCGUCGGUUGACUGAUGGGAUUUUGAAGUUUUAGAUUGUGAAAUUGAGAGGGUCUGGAGGCUUAUGAGAGGAGAAUUGAGAAUGUGAUGGAUCAUUUAGAUCUAAAAGGAAGUGAUUCAGAAAUUGAUUUGGAGAGUGGGGGCAAUGCAACUGAUGAUGAUGGGGGUGAACAUCUUGAUUUGAGUAGUAGAAAUUCAAAGAAAGGAUUGCAUAGGGUGUGGAGUGAGCUUGUGGGACAGGAAUCAGCAGAUGCAUCUGCAAAGGGUGAAAAGAGUGCACAUUCACUUGGCAAGUUGUUGAGUUAUGAUGAAAUAUUGGUUAAGAAUGCGGAUAGAUGGCCAGAAAAGUUUGAGGAAGAAUUUACAAAUUUUUCGAAAGAGAAAAGAGCUGUGGAAAAGCCAAAGAUGCCGAACUCCAAAAGGCCUCCAAAACCGCCCCGACCUCCGGGAGGUCCCUCACUGGAUUCUGCUGAUAUGAAGUUGAUCAAGGAAAUUUCUGAGCUUGCAAUCUUGAAACGUAAAAGGACCGAGCGAAGGAAGGCCUUGCAGAAAAUGAGAAAGGAGAAGACAUAUUCAAAAAGCAGUAGUUUGUUCGCCAUGGUGGUCACUGCACUCUUUAUCUUUGUGAUCAUUUUCCAAGGUCUCCUAGGAUCACGCAUCUGACAUGUAUUGCGUCGCCAAUAUUCCAAGUUCAGGAAUAGCUAUGAGGAAGUAGAGAGGAUGGGAUGAGCAAGUGCUGUUUUUGUAUAGUAGUAGAUGAACUCAGUACAUGUUGAAUUUUGAGGUGCAGCACUGGGAUCAGGAAAUAUUACUUUUUGCUGACUAUAGAUAAUUGUGUUAGAAACUGUUGCUGACGGUAUGCUUGAGUUGUACAAUCCGUUUAACGUAGGAAAGGAGUUCCAGGAUGCAGUUGUUGGGUUCUUCCUGGAUUUUGGAGCCUCGUUUUGACACAGGAAAGGGUUUACACGUUCUCAGACUUGUAGGUAGAAGCAGCCGGGAAGAGGAGCAUUCUGGCAAGAACUUCCUAAGAGUUUGCAUUUGUAGUCUUGACAAUCGCUGGAAUGAGAAAAGUGGCAACGAUAAAACCUACCAUUUGUCAACUCUGAUGAAAGUCCUAAUGUUACUCAUUUUCUUUAUCC